UUGGUUCAGUUCGGAUCAGAAAAGUUAAUUUAGUCGGUGGCUAUAUUCAGUCAGAACGAACGAAUGGAAUGGAAUGCAGUGCCUGUGUGUUCUUGAUGAAACCAUUUUGCUGGUUCUCGGACCUCUACUGCGCCAUCAGGGAGAGUGAGCUCUUCCUGGUCUUGCUAGCCGGAAUACUCGCCCUGCUGCUCAUCAUCAAUUUCAGCGCUGGCUACGCCAUUUGCCAGAAUCAGGGCUCUAUGCAAAUGGAGCGAGCUGUGCGGACGUAUGACGUGAGUAACAGCCACACCUCCAACUACGAUUACGGUCCCACACAUGGACCACACACCUGGCAGACGGAGCCAAACAAUCAGAGUCCCAUCAACAUAGAUCCGCGAUGCGUCGAGCGGGUCGUUUUCAGUACGCCAUUGGUAUGGUGCCAUUAUGAUGAUCUGCCCUUGGGCAUUCGUCUGGAAAACAAUGGACGCACUCUGCUGCUGCGUGCCGCCUUCGAUUCGCCGACGCCCAACAUCUCUGGCGGCGACCUACUCAGCCGCUUUGAGUUCCGAGAGAUCUCGUUCCGCUGGAGCUGGCGCAACACGGGGGGCUCCGAGCACGCCAUCGAUUAUGCCCACUACCCUCUGGAGAUGCAAUGCAUGCAUGUGAACUACUCGAGCGACAGCUCCAGCACCUCCAGUCGCGGCAUCCUGAUGAUCUCCUAUUUCUUCGAGGUGUCUGAAGAGAAUCCCUAUUUAGAUACGCUCGUCCAGCAUUUGGUGAUGGUUCAGCGAGCAGGUCAGUGUGCGGAAGUUCCGCCCUUUGCCCUGCGCUAUUUGAUGCAUGCUUUCUACACGCGCUUCUACAGCUACCAUGGCUCACUGACGGAGCCACCCUGCCAUCGAGGUGUCGAGUGGUUCAUCUACCCAAUGCCCAUAGCCAUUGGUGCCCGGCAGCUCAAUGAGUUCCGCCAGUUGCGGGACCAUAAUGGAGCUCGCAUUGGUCCCAAUGCUCGACCUGUUCAGCCACUCUGCGAUCGCACCGUGAAAUAUAAUACAUUUGGAGUUAGAUCCCGCCGCUAACCAAAAGUUAAACCACGAUCUAUAUAUGAAGCUUAACUCAAUAAAACAAGUAGCUUUUUAAUAUAAAAGCUAUAAUGUAAUGUGAAAUAAAGUUGUGUUGCUUGUGUUUCGAA